GCCGGGUCAGGCGCGGGUGUUCUCGACGGCCGGACACCAGGUCCGCGCAGGUCCUGGUCGCUGAGCAGACCUCGGUCAUAUUUGCGACGCAGGGUGGUGCUGCCCAGGAUCAGAUUGAUGACGUCAAACCGUCCGCUCGCACCCGCCUGCUCCAGCGUGCGGUUGGGUCCUAGAAAUGGCGUCUCGCGGCCGGAGACCGGAACACAGCGGACCGCCAGAGCUGUUUUAUGAUCAGAAUGAAGCCCGGAAAUACGUUCGCAACUCACGGAUGAUUGACAUUCAGACCAAGAUGACUGAGCGAGCCCUGGAGCUCCUUUGUUUGCCAGAGAAUCAGCCUUGCUAUCUCUUGGAUAUUGGCUGUGGUUCUGGAUUGAGUGGAGAUUACAUCUCUGAUGAGGGGCACUACUGGGUGGGCAUCGACAUCAGCACUGCUAUGCUUGAUGCCGCCUUGGACCGAGACACAGAGGGAGACCUGCUCCUUGGGGACAUGGGCCAGGGCAUCCCUUUCAGACCAGGCUCCUUUGAUGGCUGCAUCAGCAUCUCUGCUGUGCAGUGGCUCUGCAAUGCAAACAAAAAGUCAGACAUCCCUGCCAAACGUCUGUACCGCUUCUUUUCUUCCCUGUACGCUGUUCUUGUCCGAGGGGCCCGAGCUGUCCUGCAGCUAUACCCUGAGAACUCGGAGCAGUUGGAGCUAAUCACCACCCAGGCCACGAGGGCUGGCUUCACAGGGGGUGUGGUGGUGGACUUCCCCAAUAGUGCCAAAGCAAAGAAGUUCUACCUCUGUCUGUUUUCAGGGCCUUCAACCUUCCUGCCAAAGGGGCUGACUGAAAGUCAGGAUGCACACCAGGCCACUGAGUCCACAUUCACUAAUGAGAGGGCUCCACACAAGAUGGCACGGCGGGGCCUGAUGAAGAAGAGCCGGGAGUGGGUGUUAGAGAAAAAGGCACGGCGUAGGCGCCAGGGCAAGGAGGUCAGACCUGACACCCAGUACACCGGCCGCAAGCGCAAGCCCCGCUUCUGAAGAGUGCAUGCCUAAUCCAGUGGAGAGCCUGGGCCUCCCCACAUCUGCAUCCCAUCCACCAGAGAACCCUGGGGCACCUACAUCUGCAUCCAAUCCAGUGUCGGACAGUCCUGCCACUUGUGUGGUUGGGAGCUGGGCCAGCCAGCCCAGGACCUGCCUCUGGGGAAUUUU